AUGAGCUUUCCGGCAGACAUUUACGAGCGCAACAAAGAAAAGGUCGGGGCGAUUCGACAAUUGGCCGGCGUCGAAGGCAAGCUGGAGUCACCGAUCGACUUGAAUAUCGCUCAUAUGAAGACCACAGAGCUGAAUCCUUUGCAGUGGUGCAAUUACAACGUCAUGCCGAAGAAAUUGAAGCUCACCAACACCGGCUACACCGUGCUCCUGAGCGCGAAGUGGGAAUUAGAACGGCCGUGUUUGCGCGACGGUCCUUUCGAGAGCAGUUAUGUCUUCUCGCAGAUCCAUUUCCACUGGGGCGAGACCGACAUGAACGGGAGCGAGCAUCGCGUCGACGGCGAAAGGUUUUCUCACUGA